CUGGAGAAAGAACAUUCGCCUUUCGUGCACUAUGGUGUAUAAACUUGCUGUCAUUAGGUACAUUGUGCUAUGAAAGCUUGCUGAUUUUUAAAGUGGGAGUGGAAAAGCUGCAGAGUGUUAUCAGGAUCAAAUACUUCUCCAUCUAAAAUCUAAUGAUCAGAUUUCAGAUAAGAUUUCACAGCUUCUUCCUUAGGGAUACUUAAAGCCCUGCAGUACCAGCGGAGAAGCCUUUAGGGGCUGCUGCUACUAAGCGAAUCUCUAAUGUAUCUGUUACAUGCAAAUCCCUGGAACAACUGACAUUGUAACCUACAAGCAACUGAGAACUUUUACCACUGCUCUCGGCUAAGAAACCAUUCUUAUGAUUGCAAUCAUGCAAUGGGAAAGGGGAGGAGGAGUCACUCAGCCUUAGCCAGAGUACUAAGAGGAGCAGCUGAGAAGCACAUCUCUUUACUGAAUGGUGCUCUGCAGUCAGUCAACAUCCCUAUCACAUCUGCCAGGGUCAACAUGUGGGUAGCAAAACUCCUGCUUGCCUUUCUGCUUAUCCUGUGUGCAGAAAGCAAAAUAAGGAAAAGAAACACUCUGCAUGAUUACACCAAAACAUCAGACACCACUUUAACUAGGAUUAACAAGGCACUUGAGGUGAAAACAAAGUUUUUCAACACCACAGAGAACUGUGCCAAAAGAUGCAGUCGUAACAAAGGACUAUCUUUUACUUGCAAGGCGUUUGCUUUUGAUAAAAGCACAAAGAGAUGCCACUGGUUUUCUUUCAAUAGCUUGUCAAAUGGAGUCAAGAAGAAAUUUAAUCGUGCAUUUGAUCUUUUUGAAAAGAAAGAUUAUGUCAGAAAUUGUAUUCAUGGAAAAGGCAGUACCUACAAGGGAUCAAGAAAUGUAACUAAAAGCGGACUACCAUGCCAACCAUGGAGUUCAAUGUAUCCACAUGAACACAGCUUUUUGCAUUCGAGCUAUCGUGGUAAAGAUCUCACGGACAACUAUUGUCGGAAUCCCAAAGGAGAAGAAGGAGGGCCUUGGUGCUUUACUCAAAACCCACAGAUUCGCCAUGAAGUGUGUGACAUUCCUUUGUGCUCACAAGUGGAAUGUGUGACAUGCAACGGUGAACAUUACAGAGGAGUGAUGGAUUACACAAAAACAGGAAAAGAAUGUCAGCGAUGGGAUUUGCAGAGGCCACAUAAGCACAAUUUUCGUCCUGAGCGAUAUCCUAACAAGGGACUAAAUGAUAAUUACUGUCGCAACCCUGAUGGCAAGGCCAGACCAUGGUGUCACACACUUGACCCUCUCACCCCCUGGGAGUUCUGUGCAAUUAAGCCCUGUGCACACAGCAUUGUCAACAAUACUGAUAUUACAACAGACUGCAGUAAGGGCCAAGGAGAUGGAUAUCGUGGAACUGUCACAACAACGUACAAUGGAAUCCAGUGUCAGAGGUGGGAUUCUCAGUUUCCACAUCAGCAUAACUUCACUCCAGAAAACUACAAGUGCAAGGACUUAAGGGAAAAUUAUUGUAGAAAUCCUGAUGGGUCUGAGUCUCCGUGGUGUUUCACUACAGAUCCGAAUAUUAGAAUUGGUCACUGCUCUCAGAUACCAAAAUGUGAUACUUCCACUCAUCAAGAGUGUUACUAUGGCAAUGGCAUCACCUAUAGAGGCACAAUAUCUAGAACACGAUCCAGACUGCAGUGUACCAUGUGGGAGAAGAAUAUGGUCGAUGUACGAAGGCAUACAUUCAAGGAGCCAGAUAUAUCCAUGCUCGAAAAAAAUUACUGUCGCAAUCCAGACAAUGAUGCCCAUGGACCGUGGUGCUAUACGGACAAUCCCCUAAUACCCUGGGACUAUUGUCAUAUUUCUAGAUGUGAAGGAGAUACCACCCCAACAAUGACAAAUGUGGACAAUCCAGGAUCUUGUAUCUCAACAAAACAGCUAAGAGUAGUAAAUGGAAGUCCAGCACAAGGCAAUGAUGGAUGGAUGGUUAGUCUGAGAUACAGGGACAAACAUAAAUGUGGAGGAUCUCUUGUAAACGAGAAGUGGGUUUUAACAGCAAGUCAGUGUUUUCUUUCUGGAAAUGUUGACCUUAGUGAAUAUGAAGCAUGGCUGGGAGUCCACAACAUCUAUAGGAGAACACAGGACCAUAGACAAAGUUCCAAAAUUUCACAGCUAGUUCAUGGACCAAUGGGAUCAAACCUUGUUCUUUUAAAACUUUCCAGAUCUGCAGUGCUUAAUGAAUAUGUAGCACAGAUCAAACUGCCAUAUUACGGAUGCACAAUUCCAGAAAAAACAAAAUGUGCUGUGUAUGGAUGGGGACAUACAGGAACAAACGACUAUGACGGCGAUCUUCAGCAUGGGAAAAUGGUUAUUGUAGGAAAUGAGAAAUGCAAUGAGUAUCACAAGGGGAGGAUUACUGUCAAUGAGUCUGAAAUUUGUGCCAUGAACGAGACUGCCAAUGUUGCACCCUGUGAGCGGGAUUAUGGUGGCCCUCUUGUUUGUGUGGAAAACAGAACAGAUCUAGUACAAGGAGUGAUUAUACCUGGACGUGGAUGUGCUUCUCAAAACAGGCCGGUUGUUUUUGUCAGAGUGGCAUACUAUGCAAAAUGGAUACACAAGAUUAUAUUAACCUACAGAACUCCAUAAUUAUAACAGAAUUAGAACUAUUACAGUAAUUAUUUGCCUAAACUUGAUAAGCAAGGUUUGCAAAUUAUUUUUUAUUUUUUUCUAUUUAAUUUAUUGUCAAAUUUCUUGUUGUCGAGUUGAUGUUGGAUGAACUGUGAUAUGUGGAAAAUGUGGUGAUUUAAUUCCUGAGUAUACUUGAACAACUUUUUCUAUGAACAAUAGGGAUAACAUGUAUUUACACAGACUUUUGCUGCUCUAAAGGUUCAUUUUAUUUAAUGAGCCAAAUUGUUACAGUAGGUGCCAUUCCUGUAUUUAAUUCUCUUGAACUAGCGCCAUAAACAUGACUACAAUUUUAAA